AUGAAUGUAUCAACAUCCACAUUUCAAACUUCAAGAAGGAGAAUUAAGAAAGUUGAAGAAGAAGAAAACGCCGCCACUUUACAAUUAGGUCAUGAAUUCCAACUUACUCAAAUAAAUCAUCAAGGUCAAGAAGAAGAAUUAAUCGCUUUGAAUCUAAGUGAGGCAAGAUUGAUUAUUAAGGAAGCGUUAUUGGAACGUAGGAGGGUGUUUAGGAAGACACAACGUUUACAACAAAAGAAAAAAGAACAGAAACAACAUGAAAAGGAGCAGCAACAGCAACAGCAGCAACAACAACAGCAUGAUGGGACAUCAAGUGAUAACGAAAAUAUCAACCCAGGCAAUGAAAAUAACUUGGUGGACCAUGUCAAUGGUACUGGUGCCAGUAAUAGAAACGAAGAUAUUAUUGAUGAAGAUGAAGAUGAUGAUAUGGAUGAUGAAUUCAUACAUACUGAAACUCGUGAAAAAGAAUUAGAAUCAUUAGAUGCAUUAUUAGAACAGACGACAGGUGGUAACAAUAAGGAUUUGAAGAACACUUUGGAAUAUCUCACCAAUUUUUCAAGAUUUAGAGAUCAAGAAACUGUCAGUGCAGUUAUUCAAUUAUUGAAAAGUACUGGUUUACAUCCAUUUGAAAUUGCACAAUUAGGCUCUCUAGCUUGUGAUACUGCUGAUGAGGCUAAAACCUUAGUACCAAGUCUUACAAGUAAAAUAUCCGACGAUGAAUUGGAAAGAAUAUUGAAGGAAUUAUCAAACUUAGAAACACUAUACUGA